GCCCGCGGCUGCGAUGCCCGCCAUUCUGCUCUUCUGGAGCCGCGCGGAGAGGAAUAAAGAGUCGGUGGCCGGGACUGUCUCCACGAUGGGGAAGGAUUACUACAAGGCCCUGGGAAUCCAGUCGGGAGCCAACGAAGAUGAGAUCAAGAAAGCCUACCGGAAAAUGGCCUUAAAGUACCACCCCGAUAAGAACAAGGAUCCCAAUGCGGAGGACAAGUUCAAGGAGAUUGCAGAGGCCUACGACGUCCUGAGCGAUCCCAAGAAGCGGGCUGUCUAUGACCAAUAUGGGGAGGAAGGGCUCAAAACAGGCGGCGGCUCAUCGGGCAACACGGGAAACACUUUCCACUACACCUUCCAUGGAGACCCCCACGCCACCUUCGCCUCCUUCUUUGGGGGCUCCAACCCCUUCGACAUCUUCUUCACCAGCGGCCGUUCCCGGGUCUUCAACGGCUUUGACCACGAGGACAUGGACGUUGACGAGGACAGCGACGAUCCCUUCAGUGCCUUCGGCCGGUUCGGCUUCAAUGGGCUCAGCGGCGUGCACCGGCGGCACCCGGAGCCCAUCCACAUGCGCCGGAAAGUGCAGGACCCGCCCGUGGUCCACGAGCUGAAGGUCUCCCUGGAGGAGAUCUACCACGGCGCCACCAAGCGCAUGAAGAUCACCCGCCGGCGGCUGAACCCGGACGGGAGGACCAUGCGGACCGAGGACAAGAUCCUGAACAUCGUCAUCAAGCGCGGGUGGAAAGAGGGCACCAAGAUCACCUUCCCCAAGGAGGGGGACGCCACGCCCGACAACAUCCCCGCCGAUAUCGUCUUCAUCUUGAAAGACAAGCCGCACACCCAUUUUCGGCGGGAUGGGACGAACAUCAUCUACACGGCCACGAUCAGCCUGAAAGAGGCCUUGUGCGGCUGCACUGUCAACAUUCCCACCGUGGACGGGCGCGUCAUCCCCCUGCCCUGCAACGACAUCAUCAAGCCUGGCACCGUGAAGAGACUGCGUGGGGAGGGGCUGCCCUUCCCCAAGGUCCCCACCCAGCGCGGAGACUUGAUUGUAGAGUUCAAAGUCCGUUUCCCAGACCGGAUAGCCCCCCAGACCCGGCAGAUCCUCAAGCAACACCUCCCCUGCUCCUAGACCCCCUGCCCCCCCUGCCCCCGGGUCGGCCUCGUCUUUGCCUGCCGGAUCUCAG